CGAUUUGCAGCUGUCUAGUCGGUGGAAAAAGCUUCGAGAGCUCACUUGGAGAUAUUUGAAUGCGCACUAUUCAGUGUCUGCACAGCCUAAAUCUAUCAUCUGACGACAGAAUGAGCCCUCCAGACACAUCCAACAGCACGAGCGAAGGGGAGGCUGGUGAAACAGAUCCCUGGUUUCUUCUCAACAACAGCAUGGGUUUACACACACCAGGUUUCCACACAGACAUCACCAAGCACAUUGGAGUCCAGAUCACCCUGAUCGCAGCAUAUUCCCUAAUCAUUCUGCUAGGGCUUAUGGGAAAUGCUCUUGUCAUCUACAUGAUCAUUCGCUACAGAAACAUGCGAACAGUGACCAACUUCUUCAUAGCAAACCUGGCCCUAGCAGACCUCCUGGUGGACACCCUCUGCCUGCCCUUCACUCUGGUUUACACUCUGCUGGAUGAGUGGAAGUUUGGGGCUGUGUUGUGCCACAUGGUGCCGUUUGCCCAGGCCCUGAGUGUGCAUGUAUCCAUCCUGACCCUCACUGUCAUCGCUCUGGAGCGAUACCGCUGCAUCGUCUUCCACCUUGGCCGGCGCCUUACAUGGCAUUCCAGCUUUCUCAUCAUGACACUCACCUGGACUAUGUCAGCAAUCCUGGCAGCGCCCCUGGCCAUCUUCAGAGAGUACCGCCAUGAAGAGAUCCCUUCCAUCAACCUGCGUAUCUCCGUCUGCUCUGAGAAGUGGCCCCACGGGACCAGCAGGGACGGGGUCAUCUACAGCCUCUCAAUGCUGCUCCUGCAGUACAUCCUUCCCUUAGCCAUCAUCAGCUAUGCUUACAUCUGCAUCUGGGUCAAACUGAAGAAUCAUAUCAGCCCGUCCACCCGUAGUGACAGCAUCAACCGCCGCAAAAAGACCACCAAGAUGUUGGCGCUGGUGGUGGUGGUGUUUGCUAUUUGCUGGCUGCCAUUCCACGUGUUUCAGCUGGCCAGUGAUCUAGACCUGGUGCUCAGGUUUAAGGAGUACAAACUCAUAUACACAGUGUUCCAUAUCAUUGCUAUGGGUUCAACUUUUGCCAAUCCUGUCCUGUACGGGUGGAUGAAUAAAAACUACAGGAAUGGCUUCCUAAUGGUGUUUCGUUGUGAGGAUAAGCCAGAUGCUUUCAACCCCGAAGGCUCCUUCAGGACACGCUCCUUAAGAAGGCUGACUCUGAAUGGCCGUAAUGGUGGACAUCCUCCAACUGCUGUUUGAGAUUAGCACAAUUUAAAAUGCCUGUAGGAUGUGACUGAACACAUUUAACGCACCUCCGGUUUGUGGUGCUUGUGGUUGAAAAGCAGCCUUUUGACUUGAAUUGAUUAUGAGUAUAUCUGGGACUAGAGAGGGCUUGGAGCUUUGCAUGCAAAUUGCUUUAUGUAAGGCCUUUCUUUCCUUUGUGAAUGGUACUAGUUAAAACACAUCUGUCUAACCUGUUCAAAUACGUGAUUCGGAUGUUUACUAGGCUGUUAGAAAACUACGUACAAUAUAAUAUGUGUCUCCUGUAACUGCAGAGCUGUUGUUGAUAAGUUAUGUCCAAUUAAUAAUGCAUUCCAUUGCAAACAUUGCCUGAAGCUAUUAUUGUGUCCAUACCUACUGAAGGGAAAAAGGUUAAUAUUGUGAACAAGUUUGUUUUUCUCACUCGUUCUUCUAUUUGUUGAGUUUCACAUAUGCUGCAUUAUGGAUUCACUCAAAAGUCCUUGUAGAGUAACAUUCAAUUUCCGCCCAUGUCCAUCCAGAGGAAGUGUUGAUCUGUCCAACCAGGAAGUUAAUUGUGUUCACCUGGCAACCAGCUGUUCUCGAUUAGACGAACCAGCUGUCUCCAAAGGAAUAAGAUCGAAAACCACUGAACUGCGUGAAGUGGGACUUUUUGGUAUUUUCGUCACAUGUGUGCAGCUGCUUUGAGGAUAUGUAGAAAAAGGGAUUUGGAUGAAGAAAAAUCAUGCAAUUAUACAUUCUACAUGCUGCUCAAGUGACCUUUGUGGUGGUCUGUUAAUAAUAAACACAAGAACAUUAAUCAACCACACUGCCUCUGAUAUGAACACCCGCUGUAUACAUGACUCAUCAGGAGAAGAAAUGAUAUGUGUUUAAAUUAAGAAAAGUUUGGAUGAGAGGAUUAAGUUAAGAAAGUCGAAUAUAAAACUCAAAAUAGUGGCAUAUUCUGAAAUGUUUUCAACACAGCUACCAUACAUGGAUUACUCUCGGGGUCUGUGCCGUGGGGUAUACACCCUCCAUACGGUAAUAUAGGAGGGAUCAACUUUCCAUGAACGACAGCUAAGAAAAUCCAUAUAUAGGUGGGAAGACAGUCCACACAGAGGGGGAAAAAAUAAGCAUUUGCA